AUGAGUCAAAAUAAUCAAUUACAAAAUUGCCACAAGGAAGACUUUCCUUUUCAGCAAUCACUUCAGCAACAGUUAUUACCAGCUUUAAAUAAAGUAAUUCAUCAGUUAAAAGAAAUAGUUUGGUCGCUACCAGGAUCGCCUGUUUUCGUAUUUGCUUUAAGUUCCGAUGUAUCAUCAGAAAGUUCAGAUUUAUCAUGUGAAGAAUACUAUUGUGAAGACUGA